AUGAAUAUUUUCGGAGAGCGUUUUAGAGAUUUUACUUUGGUAAAAGCACGUUUACCAGCAAGUAAUGAUUACAUGAAAUGCAAAGUAUUACCUGUCGAGCAAGUUGUAGAAAAUGUACAACAUUUUCUGCCGGAUAUCCAGAAAUCAAUUAAACAUGCGAAGAAAUAUUGUCCAAAUUUGAAGGAACACAAAUUGAGUAAAGAUGACGCUGCUGCCAUUUCUCUUUACACCAUGGAAAUGCCAAAGAACGUACGCAUUUAUCGUUUACUUAACAGAGCCUUACGCGACAAUGAUCGAUCGAAAGUUCGACCUUGGUUUGCGUAUUUGAGAUUAUUGUACAACGCAAUAUCUAAAUUACCGAAACUAACCAAAACGACCGUCUGGUGUGGAACAGAUAAAGAUGUUACUGAGCUAUUCAAUGACAAGAAUAAAAAUAAAAAAUUUACUUCGCGAGGUAUCAUUUCAGGUUCGACAUCUCCAAGCGUCAUAUCUUCGUGUCUGAGCAAUGCACCAAAGAAAACUGUAUUCAUCAUUGAGUGUUUAACAGCAAGAUCUAUUGCUGCAUAUACUCGCUACCCAAGCAAAAACGAAGUGAUCUUUAUGCCAGGUACGAGAUUCGAAGUGAUACCAUGUCCAGCACAUGUUCAUAAUGAUAAACAUACGAUUUAUUUGAAAGAAAUCGAUAAAAGUAAAGAUGAUUAUUACGCUGAAGUUGACUCUGACGAAGAUGAUUUGAUGGAAUCGACGGUUAUGAAGACUUCCAAUAUGAAUUCUAUCGCAGAAAAAUCGAAGAAAUCGCGUUCCGAACAUUAUGAAUUUGCGGACGCGGACAAAUGUGAUAAACUCGUUUGUGGAGGUCGUCCAUGUGCGAAAUGCCAUAAGUGUCGAGAUUGGCGCUUUAACAGCGAAACCGAUCAGUCCAUAUGGGAUUGGAUAUGCAAAAACGAAGAAUGGGAUAUUGCAGAUUGGAAUCUUUGGCGCCAUGAACGAUACAAGCUUUUCGCCAAACGCGAGACUGCAACGUGUAGCUGUUAUUUUCUCGGUCUCUAUCUGAACUAUGAACGCAACGAUCGCCGUGUUCGUGAUUAUCGUCAUCCUUGCUUGUGUGAAAGACAUUAG